AUGGGCCCAACGACCUUUCAGGGAUACGUGGACCUCGUGCGCACUAUGUCCAUUGGUUGUGGCCUCUCCACUAUCGACCAAUGGCGGGCUCGCUCCAUGUUGCGCCUCUUUGCGGCUGACGUGGUUGUCGACCUCCCCCUUGACGUACUGUGGACCGAUCGACUGUUAGUGUUCGCUCAAAGCGUUCUCGGCCUCGCGGACGCAUUCGACUGGCUCUACCAAACCCUGUUCGCGAAACCGUUCAUCCCUUAUCAAUCCCUUCCCCCCAUUCCCACAACUCACCUGUACGAAAAGGCGAACAUUAUUCAUGGCCUGUUUGUAUCGUAA